CAACUUAAUUUGAUCCCUCCCUGAGAUGGACCCCGCGGCCUCCGCUUCCCCUUCGUUCCACGCCUGCGUCCAAGGCAGCAGCUUCCAGCCGCUCAACCCAGAAGACGUGCGCGCAUACCUCUACAAGGCUGCCGACUUCAUCACGGAUUACUACACCAGCGUCGAGUCCAUGCCGGUUCUCCCCGACGUGAAACCCGGCUACCUACGGGACGAGCUGAGGGCAUCCCCGCCAGAACACUCGGCUCCCUUCGACGUCACCAUGAAGGAGCUGAGGACAUCCGUCGUCCCCGGGAUGACGCACUGGGCUAGCCCCAGUUUCUUCGCGUUUUUCCCGUCCACCAACAGCGCCGCAGCCAUCGCGGGGGAGCUGAUCGCUUCGGCCAUGAACACCGUAGGGUUCACGUGGCAGGCAGCUCCCGCAGCCACCGAGAUGGAGGUGCUCGUGCUCGACUGGCUCGCCCAGCUCCUGCGCCUGCCAACCAGCUUCAUGAACUGCACCAGUGUGGGGCGUGGCACCGGCGGCGGUGUCAUCCUCGGGACCACUAGCGAAGCCAUGCUCGUCACGCUUGUUGCUGCGCGUGACGCGGCGCUGCGUCGGAUUGCCUCCAAUGGCAUGUCCUACAUCACAAGGCUCACGGUGUACGCUACCGACCAGACACACUCCACAUUCUUCAAGGCAUGCCGCCUUGCCGGCUUCGACCCUGCCAACCUCCGAUCCAUUCCCACCGGGCCGGAGACGGACUACGGGCUCGACCCGGCGAAGUUGCUCGAGGUCAUGCAGCUUGACUUCGAUGCUGGUCUCGUGCCAACGUACAUCUGUGCCACUGUUGGCACCACAUCAUCCAACGCCGUGGACCCAGUGAGCGCAGUGGCCGCUGUCGCGGCCAUGUUUAAUGCACGGGUCCAUGUCGAUGCUGCCUAUGCUGGCAGCGCAUGUAUCUGUCCGGAGUUUCGGCACCACAUCGACGGUGUUGAGCGCGUGGACUCCAUCAGCAUGAGCCCGCACAAGUGGCUGCUCACCUGCCUUGACUGCACAUGCUUGUGGGUGCGCGACACGAACCACCUCACUGACGCACUGGAGACGAACCCGGAAUACCUCAAGAAUGACGCUACUGAGUCUGGCGAGGUCAUUGAUCUCAAGGAUAUGCAAGUUGGGGUGGGCCGCCGCUUCCGAGGGCUCAAGCUUUGGAUGGUGAUGCGCACCUAUGGCACCGCCCAGCUUCAACGGCACAUCCGAAGCGAUGUCGCGAUGGCCAAGGCGUUUGAGGACCUUGUACGUGCCGAUGGCCGGUUUGAGAUUGUAGUGCCGAGGAACUUCGCCCUCGUAUGCUUCAGGAUCAGAGCAAGAGGAGCCAUGACGGAGGAAGCCACCGAUGAGGUGAACCGUGUGCUGAUUAACCGGCUCAACAUGUCCGGGAAGGUCUACCUGGCGCACACCUUGGUUGGCAACAGAUUCGUUCUACGGUUCGCGGUGGGCUCGUCGCUGCAGGAGGAUCGGCACGUGAGAAGCGCCUGGGAGCUCAUAAAGAAAACAACCGCAGAGAUCAUCGAUGGGGAGGAGAUCGUGCAAUAAGAGCAUUGGUCAAUUACUGUGUUUGACUAAUUAUUAUUGUUUGUGUGGAGUAAUAAAAUCCUUGCAAUGGCGGUGCAUGAUCCGCGCAGUCGUUGGUGGCACGAUGUACCGGUUACUGCCUUUAUGCAUGUGCUGCGAAUCUCAGUUUGUAUUAUUUAUUUAAGAGAGAUGACUAAAUUAGUGUUGAUAGUAAUUUAUGUCAAGAAUGUAA